CGGGAAGGCCACAGGGUAGUAAGGCCAAACAGGAUACUCGGGUGAAGAUGGAUAGAAGCGGCGUGUGGGAUUGAAGGCUUCUGGUUGACAAACUACGGUUACUUACAUUGCCUUUUUUGGAUUUACUGUGCUCUGUGUUUGCAAUGCCUCUGGCAGCCAAACAAAGACCUCUUUUUGUCCUCUUACUGCUCCUCGACGAUGGACAGAACAGAUCUCGAGACAUACCAGGUCCAGCUAUCUCAAGUCGAGGUCGCUCUCUCUGCCGACCCAGAUAACGCAGAGCUUGAAGCACUGCGCUCAGAGCUGAAGGAACUCAUUACACUUACGCAGACAGCGAUCGCCCAGGCUGAGCUAGCAUCUUCAUCAAAGGUCGAGUCAUCCCGAAAGUCUUCGUCAGCUACUCCGGUGCAGACUUGGACAGCCGGCGAUGAGUGUCAGGCUAAAUAUUCAGCCGAUGGGGGUUGGUAUCCGGCGCGGAUAACGUCAGUGGGGGGCUCUGCAGACAACCGUGUUUACAGCAUUGUAUUCAAGGGUUACAACACGACAGAACAGGUGAAAGCAUCCGAAGUCAGACCUCUACCCGCAAACUACACCUAUAAUGCACCGGUGUCGAAUAAACGCAAGCUGAGCAAGCAGGAGGAGGAGGAGCGGGAGCGAAAGAAGAAGAAGAAUGAGAAGAAGCUGGAAGUAAAGGCAGCCAAAGCAAAGGAGCAGACCCAAAAGCAAGCGACUUGGCAGAAGUUUGCGAAGAAGUCAGAAAAGAAGGGGGUGCAUAUUGCAGGAGUUGCCGGUACCAGUAUCUUCAAAACGCCUGACAACCCUCUUGGUCGAGUCGGAGUUACUGGAAGUGGGAAAGGCAUGACAGAGGUGGCAACUCGGGGCAAGCAUGUUUUUAUUGCCAAAGACGAUGAUAAUCCAAGCUAGUCGAGUCCAUCAAACGUGCAGCAGUCCAUCUGGGGAACGAGCAUACGUGACGUUUUCGUUCUUUUUGCUAUGUAUAUCACAAUCCUCAUCAUUUUGUUCAUUUCCUUCGUACCUCCGUGUCAGAUUU